UUCAUGCGCUCGCGGGGGGAAUCCCCUCUUUUAAACCCUGCUUAAGACAAUACGAAUGGAGCGUGACUUCGGGAAAAGGGGUGUUGCCCAAGAGCCCAUUGAGCACAAGGUACUUAGCUGGAGGCUCUCUCUCGGUCUUCAGAGCCAUUAGCUACCUUAAAUACUCCCCUGCAAGCCUUCAGACUUCAGUCUUCGGUGAGAAACGGAGAUAGAAACACCGAGCGCCGCCAAAUGUGGAUAAUCCUGCGCUGCUCCGCAUUCGUCACCGAUCAGAGCGGAUUAUGAACGGAUUUGGACAGCAGCCAUCUAACCCUCAGUCUAGCCCCGUUCAGCAUCACAGCGCGCAGGAGCUCCUGGACAUGGCCGUGUACUGCGACAACCUCAGCAUGUACCAGCAGAACCUGCAUCACCACCACGGCCAGAGGCCGGCCGCCCACCCUCCCGCGUACGGGCUGGGGGAGUACAACUCCCCGAGCAGCAACCCCUACCUGUGGCUCAACAACCCGGGCAUCAACUCAUCUCCUUAUCUCGCUGGAUCCAACAGCACGUCGUACAUCUCGUCGGGAUACGGGGCGAACCAGAGGCAGUUCCUGCCGCCGCACGCGGGAUUUGGAGGGGCCGACCUCGGGUGGCUCUCCCUCUCCAGUCAGCAGGAACUUUUCAAGAUGGUUAGACCUCCGUACUCGUACUCUGCUCUCAUAGCUAUGGCAAUCCAGAACGCGCAAGAUAAGAAGCUGACUCUCAGUCAGAUCUACCAGUACGUGGCCGAGAACUUCCCCUUUUACAAGAAGAGCAAAGCCGGCUGGCAGAACUCCAUUCGCCAUAAUCUGUCUUUGAAUGACUGCUUCAAGAAGGUCGCAAGAGACGAGGAUGACCCCGGGAAAGGAAACUACUGGACUCUGGACCCAAACUGCGAAAAGAUGUUCGAUAACGGUAACUUCAGAAGGAAAAGGAAAAGGAGGGCGGAUGCUAGUCAAGGCAACGUGUUAUCGGCCAAGUCUGAAGAGGACAGCGGCGGGAUAAAGCUCUCCGACACCGGCAGCAUGCUGAGCUCGCCGCCGCAGAGCCUGCAGGGCUCCCCGGUGGGCGGCGACACCAAGCCCUCGCCGUCCCCCUCGCUGGAGCACAAUCCCUGCUUCAGCAGCUUCAUCUCCAACAUGAACUCCGUACUUGCCGGGCACCACAACGGCGUCGGCGGCGGCAGGCAGUACGGAUCAGGACUUUUGGCGGAUCUGACGCAGAACAGGGAGAACCUGCCCGGACUUGGCUCCUACUCGCCCACGAACGGGGCGCUCGUGAACUCUGACUCCGGCCAGCAUCCCAGCCGCCUCGGCUACUAUUCAGCCAGUCAGAAUACCAGCAAUCUGGCCAGUUCGCUGACGAACCAUUUCAGUGUAAACAAUUUAAUAUAUAAUCGUGAAGGAACCGAGGUCUGAAAUGAAUUAAAACACGACCAACAAGAAACUACACACAACCUUAUGUCAUUGUAACGCCUAAGUGCCAGAAUAUAUUGGUAUCAAAUAAUAUCCUUACUUAUAAACGUUUUUCCUCUGGCUUAA